AUGUCACAGAGAGACAUAAUACCUCUAAACUCAACUUCCCAAUCAGACACUGAUGAAAUUGAAAACCUCAUUUAUCCUCCUCCUUCUACUGUCCUUCCGGUACAUCCUCCUUCUCCUCCUCGUGCUGCCGCUACCAUCUCUAUUUCCUCUUCUGCAUUCAUGCCUUCCGAUCUCCGCCCUCUACCUUCCCCCUCAACCACCAAUCACAAAUCGACACCUGUCGUCCCUUCAAUUCCAGCAUCCCCACCGUUACCUUCAUCAGGGGGACAGUCCAAUAUAGUUGCUACUGGAUUUGGAUCUCUACCGAAUACACUUAUGGAACCUGUUUGGGAUACAGUGAAAAGAGAUCUAUCUAGAAUUGUUAGUAAUUUGAAGCUGGUUGUUUUUUUUCCUAAUCCUUAUAGGGAAGAUCCUGGCAAAGCGCUAUGUGAUUGGGAUCUAUGGGGUCCUUUCUUCUUUAUUAUUUUCCUUGGUCUCACUUUAUCUUGGUCUGCCUCUGAGCCAUUUAUCGCCCCUACCCUACCACCCACGACACCCACCCUCAUCUCACAACCACCCACCCGUCCACUACCCCCACCCACUACUCCUCACCACCACCCAACCCUAUUCCCAUAA